AUAUCAUGUCUGUCUCAUUGACAGGUCGCUUAUAACGAUUGCCAUUCACGAAUGGCCGCCUGCAAGUACGACGACCUCAAGCCCGGCGAGACCAUCUUGACCAACGACGGCUCGUGCGCGACAGCGUGCGUACUUGGUCGCAACUGCUCGGUCGUCGAGACCCUCCCGGCGAAUGCGACGCGCUUCGACUUUGCCGCUGGCUACCUCCUCGGCGACCUCUCGCGCCACGAGCCGGCCAAUCUGUUCGCCCGAUGAGCUUUUCCUGUCGAGCUCACGCUCUGUAUACUAGCACCAUGGUCAACGUUCAAGACCGUCAUUUGACGCACAAGCUAUGUAUUUUGAGCAAUUUACCCCGUUUUGGUUAAAUUGACGCCCUCGUCCACCGAGUUGUGACAUUUUCCCGGGUCUAGUAGACCGAUUGACAAUACCGAUGGAUGUCCUCUCAACUACAAAAUUCAAUAUCGCCGAAUGCAUCCUAGUUGGAC